GAUUUACCACAAGUUUCACCAGAAAAUUUGAUAAACGGGCAGGAAUAUUCACCAUACAUAAUCCCACUUACAAAAAAGUCGAGCAAGCUUUAAUUAACAUAGCUAAAGCAGGAAUCUACAAUAGAAAACCAAAGGAAGGUAAGUUCAUGCAAGGGUAUAAAGAGCGUAUCAAAAAAUUGUGCCAAGCUGAAGACCCCAAUAAACAUAUUCUAGAAAACGCAAAAAGUUUAAUCCCAACCAAGGAUAAGUAUCAUCAAAUUAUAGAUGAUUACAAAGAAUGGUAUAAAAGAGAUCUCAGAAUUCUUAGCGCUAUUUUGGAACUAUACAAGUUAUACUAUAAAUUAGCUAAGGAUCAUUUUAUUACGGAAAAACAAGUUGAUAAAGAAGCAGAAGACUUCUUAUUAUCUUAA